AUGUACUCUCACCAUUCGCAUUCUCUUGACUAUGUGGCACACGGUGUUGAUUGCCUAGAGGACGUCGUCGCCAGAGCUAAUGAGAUGAAAUUCGAUCUGUUCUGCUUGACAGAACACAUGCCCAGGAUAGAUGCUAAAUACCUCUAUCCAGAGGAAACCACUGGUUGUGCUGAGGAGGACUUGAGGACCCUACGCGACCGAUUUGACAAGUUUUUGGAGCAUGCGUCAGAAGUUAAAGCUCGAGGUUUACCCACUAAGAUAAUCAUCGGAGUAGAAGUCGAGGGCUGUGACAUGAAUCACAUUGCUUACGCCAAAAAACUCAUGGAUGACAACAAGCACAUAAUGCAAUUUUGCGUGGGAUCUAUGCACCAUGUCAAUGGCAUCCCUAUCGAUUUCGAUCAAGCGGAGUGGAAUCGGGCGUUAGAGUAUUCGGGCAACAAUCUGAGAUCACUUGUAAGAGAUUAUUUGGAACAGCAGUAUAGGUUGAUCAUUGAAAUGAAGCCGCUUAUUUUGGGACAUUUUGAUCUUUUCCGUGUGUUUUGUUCAAAAGACAUUUUUGUCGACGCUGAAACCGGGCAGGUGGUCGAAGAAGGGUCGAAGAACGCAGUUUCUGCCGCCACUGUGUCAUUCACUAAACACUGGGAUGAUGUCAGAGCCCUCGCAGAAAGAAAUUUAAGAACAGUAGCAUCCUAUGGAGGCCUGAUCGAAAUCAACACAUCAGGCUUACGCAAAAAACUAGAGAACCCCUACCCAUGCCGAGAAUUUGCAAUUUUGGCCAAGACAAUACCAGGGACGAGGUUUGUGCUGAGUGAUGACGCCCAUGGGGUGUCCCAUGUCGGCGUUUGUUACGACAAAGCUUUGUCAUACAUGGACGAGGUGAUUCAAUUAGAUCGUUUACACUACUUGGAAGACAAUGCCGGUGUGCUGGAAGUAAAAUCCAUUAGCAUGGAAGAUCUGAAAAGGUCGUCAUUUUGGGAACAGUACAAGUAA